AUGGCCGCCACUUUGGGAUAUCUUGUGGCAGCAUUUCUGGGCAGAGCUUGUAGAAUUCUUAACCCGCGUCACGUGAACACGAUAUUGUGCUUUGCUAUCAGCUGUUGGUUCUGGGUCUUUUUCUGGCCCAUUUUUCUGAAUUUCGCCACUUGGAAGAACGGCUGGGUCCCUGGUUUUCGGGCCCUUCGGCCAGGCUACCGGCCUGAGGGAUGCGACACCGAGAAGCUGGCAAAAGAGAUCCUAGAGAUGCGCGACUUCGCAGCGGAUACGGUGCACUGGGAUGCGGCAGCCCAGCGCUGCGACUGCCGCCUUCCUGAUGGCGAUUACCAAGAUGGCCGCUGCAAGUCCAACGAAAGCGAGCAAUUUCCACGCUUUACGGUUGUAAGCGCUCUGAUCGAUGCCGGGCGGCGUGGCCGUUCCGGCUGCGACUACUUGCGCAUGUUCGGCCCACAUCUUCACCGACAGUACGAUCUUGUAUUCUACGGAGAGGCUUGGGCUUUGGAGGUGGUGUUUGCGGUGCGGAGCGCACUGGGCCUACAACAUCGAACCCACUUGAGACUCUUGGAGGUAGCAGAGAGCUCCGAGGAGUCCGCAGCUUCAAAAUGGGGCCAGCCAGCAAGCUUGGCUUUCCACCACUUGCUUGAGAAGAUGCAGGUCAUUGCCGCCAGGAAGUAUUGCAGGCAUCUUCUCAACAGUUUCCACUCAGGCAUCAGUGGAAAGGUUGUACCAAACUAUGCCUGGGUCACGAAUGAGAAGGCAAAUUUCGUGGUGCAAGCAGUACGAGAGAACUACUUUCGGAACUCAUCCAGCAACUUCAACUUAGGCAACAGCUAUUUUGUGUGGCUGGAUGUUGGGGCUGGCCACGGUGCUGUCAAGGUGCCUGAACAUUUCUGUGCCUGCAACGUUGCGGUGCCAGGUACGGUUACAGUGUUCCACCAGCUCAACAGCAAGGAGGAGCUCUUCCUGGGCUCAGAGAAAGCCGCGCUGCGUGUACCUCAACCGCUACCGCUUGGAGAGCUGAGCUUCAGCAAAUAUCUGUCAACCUAUGACUUGACACACCAUUUUGAUGAGGUCAUGGGAACGUUCUGGGGUGGCGACCCUGUGGCCCUUGAGAAGUUCUGGCAAGACUACUCUGGUACCGUCCACCGACUUGUUGCAAAUAAUGCCGUCGACCACGACCAGGGGGUGCUUUGUCUUGUCGUGUCUGGGCAGUGGGAGUGGUUGCGGUACAUCUCGAGUAACUUCUACGGAGUCCUGCACCUCUGUUGA